AAGUAAAAAGCGAUAUUCGCGUUUACUUUACUCGUGUUUACAUUGCUUUGUUUUUCACACGCUUUCUACUCUGGUUUCUUGAUUUCUUUCUCCAAGUACAUAGCCCUCCUUCAGACCUUCACUGUCGGCGAUAUCUCCUCCACCUCCGUCACCAUCGUUGGUUACUGUACCCCGGCCACCCUCCUUUACCAUCAUCGGCUGCGAUUACUGAUUUCCCCUGCUUCACCGUUGCGGCCUCACCGGCGAUUAACUGGUUAGCGUUUUUUGAUUUACAACAAGCGUUGAAAAGGGUACUCGCGUGUGUUUGACUAUUUUCUACUGCUGAGGUGUUCAAAGACUUCAUGUAUUUGCCUAUUUGCUAAUUGCUACUGUAUAAACUCUCUAAACUGAUUAGUUAAGCAAGAUUACUUUGACUGUUUGUCUGUUUGAAGCUAUUGUUGCAAGCUUGGGGUGUCAGUUUGAAGCUGUUCACCAGUGACAUGCUUUUGGUUCCAUGGUUCUCCUCCGUUAAUAUGUUCAAAAUGAUAUCAUACACUUUAAGCUUAAUCUUUCUAUAUUAAGGUGCCAAAUGUCAAAUUCUUCAAGCAAAAUUUGUAUAUGUGUAUAUGUUUCGUUCUGACUUAUGUACGCAUUCUUUUAUGAAUGUUCUCAUUUGAAUUUGAUUCUGUAAAAGUUUACGUUGAGUUGGUUGUGUCAAAUAAAAGGACUGAAUUUCGGAUAUCAAAAUCCACUAUUUGAACACCUGAGUAGUGAUGCUAAUGGGGCAAGUAUGUUUCUCAUUGUGGUUCACCUUUGUAAGGGCGGGAUUAAGAACUUCUAACCAUACAAUUAGGCAAUAAGUUCACCCUACUAUGCCUAAAAAUCAAUGUAUACAGAGCUGCAUCUUGAAAUAUGCUGUUAAUAGGGUUCCUUUUUAAGCUCUUCAGCUCUUAAACCCCUUUGAUACACUUCGAAGUGGAAAUGUGGAAUCAAAUAAAGUUUCUGCUGAAAAGGAAAAACAAAGACAGGAGAAGACCCUCACAGGCGAAGGUUACUUUGACACUCGAAACGGCUUCACCUCAACACCCAGAGACUAUAGAAAAGCUUCCAAGCGAUGUUUUAUCAAACAUAUUCAUCAGGUUAUUGGCAAAAGAAAUUGCUCAAUUGAGGUGUGUCUGUAAAUCUUGGAAUGCUCUGUUAUCUGAAUCCUCCUUCAUAAAAUCCCACCUCCAUCAUUCAAUCCAUCACAAGGAUGAGAUUCUGUUGUUCUUCAGACAUGCAUUUUCUUUUGACCGGAGACCAUUCACAGCACACACCUCUCAUUCUCCGGAUCUCGAACUGACUAAUUUCAUCAAACUCCCGACAAGUCCCCAAUCUAAAGACACUAGAGGUGAUAUUAUUGGAUCCGUAAAUGGCUUAAUAUGCUUCAAAUACGGAUCAUAUGAUUAUGCAAUUCACAUUUGGAACCCUUCUCUGUCUAUGGUGUUAACUCUCCCGCCAUAUUCUUUGCCCAAGGAUGAGUGGAUGGUAAACCAUUUCCGAUUUGGGUAUGAUCCCAAAACUGAUGAUUACAAAGUGGUGAAGCUUACAAAACUUUCGGGUGCAAUCAGCAUGUUAUCACAAGUUGAGGUGUAUAGUAUGAGAAAGGGUUUGUGGCAGUUGAUAACUCAAAGGUUUCCAUCGAACAUCAAAUGGGUUUCUGAUGAAGAGGUAGUUUGUGUAGAUGGGCAUGAAGGCCAUGUUCAUUGGCUUGGUUAUACUGAUAUGGAGCAGAAGUUACAAACGAUAUUGGCAUUUGAUUUGGGUGCAGAGACAUUCCGUGAGAUACCUCUUCCAGAUUCUAUACUACACCUCCAUGAAGAGUGCCUCAAUGCGAUGGGAGUUUUGGGUGGAAAGCUUUGUGUGAUGUCAUGCGUUUUUGAAGCUGGUAAAUGCGAGGUGUGGGUGAUGGAAGAGUAUGGGGUGACUGAAUCAUGGGUCAAACAUCAUGGGUUUUCCCAGUUUAGUGCUGAUAUAGUUCCAUAUGGAUUCACAUUACGUGGUGAAUUUCUUUUUCAAGUUGAUGAAGAUGCUAAUGAUGAUUGUCUUGUUUUGUAUGAUCCAAUUGCAGCCAAGGCUAAAAACUUCAAGAAAAUGGGUAGAAUAACCAUAAGUAAAGUUGUGGAGUAUGUUGACAGUCUUGUUUGGGUAGUACCUGAGGAGCGUGAGAUAAGCUCCUGCAGCAUCUCCCAGUUUUAAUCUUGAAGCUUCACUUAGUUUCCUGUCAAGUAUCAAUUCUUAGUGCAUAUCAUCUGCAUUCUCUCUUGUCAUCAUGAUGUGUUUAACAUUUGGACAUGUUGGUUCGUUUUUAAAUUAUUUUUUGGUAUUCAUAUUUUGUUUAUAUUACACUUUCCCUUAAGCAUUGAACAAAUGUCUAGCCUUAUUGUUAUUAUAUUUUAUUUUUAAUUAAAAGUAUUUUGUGGGAGAUUUGAUUUUC